AUCUCACCGACGGAUUUGAGUUUCUUAAACUAUUCCUCCUCUCUCUUCUUCUGUCCCUCCCCCUCACUGGCUAUUAAAACCCUGACUUCUGAGGCAUCACAUUCACUCUACAAUUCCUCAUUAAGUCUGAAAGCAAAAAAGCAACCUUGAAUCAUGUCUCCAAUAUUUGUUCUAUCUUUCCACCUUUCCCUCCUCCUAUGUUUCACUUUACAGCAAUGUUUCUUCACCUCCGCCACCGGUGGCAGCUGGAAACUUUUGCAGAAAAACGUCGGCGUAUCCGCAAUGCACUUGCAGCUGCUUCACAACGACCGUGUCAUUAUGUUUGACCGAACUGACUAUGGGCCAUCCACCCUGCCGCUGCCUAACGGUAAAUGUCGGAAUGACCAGAAUGACUUGACGUUAAAAGUUGACUGUACUGCUCAUUCGUUUGAGUACAAUGUUGCGACCAAUACAUUCCGGCCACUUACAGUGCAGACGGACGUUUGGUGUUCUUCUGGUGCAGUGAUGGCCGACGGUCGUCUGAUUCAAACGGGGGGAUCCAAUGAUGGUGAAUUGAAAGUCAGGAUUUUCAGCCCCUGCAAGGGUAAAUGUGAUUGGGUGGAAGUGUCAAAUGGAUUGGCGGCCCCGAGAUGGUACGCUACGAAUCACAUUUUGCCAGAUGGUAGACAAAUUAUUAUUGGUGGUCGGGACCAAUUUAAUUAUGAGUUUUAUCCUAAGAACCCCUUCCCGGAUUUGUUCGAUUUGCCAUUCUUGUCGGAGACAAAUGAGCCUGUGGCGGAGAACAAUCUUUACCCUUUUGUUUAUCUCAAUACCGAUGGGAAUUUGUUUGUUUUUGCAAAUAAUCGAGCAAUUCUGCUGGAUUAUGUGAAUAACAAGGUGGUGAAAAAGUACCCGACAAUACCAGGAGCCGAAGCCCGCACCUACCCCAGCACCGGUUCAUCGGUUUUACUUCCGUUGAGGAAUAUACAAGCUCCAGUUGUUGAAGCUGAAGUGUUGAUAUGCGGAGGAGGGGCAAAAGGAUGCUUUGUCCAGUCAAUGAAGGACAACUUCUUGCCCGCUUUAGAUACUUGUGCUCGAAUCAAGAUAAAUGACCCAAACCCACAAUGGGUCAUGGAGAAAAUGCCGCGUCGUAGAGUCAUGGGUGACAUGAUAUUACUGCCAGACAAAAGUGUUCUCAUCAUCAAUGGUGCUGCGUCAGGUUCCGCAGGGUGGGAACAGGGUCGGGAUCCAGUACUCAACCCAGUCAUCUACCGACCUGAUAACACAAUUGGGUCACGAUUCGUGGUACAAAACCCGACCACGAUCCCACGGAUGUACCACUCCACAGCGGGCCUACUCGGAGAUGGGAGGGUUUUGGUCGCCGGUAGCAAUCCUCAUGCUUAUUACAACUUCACCGAAGUACUUUACCCAACAGAAUUGCGCUUAGAAUCAUUUUCUCCGGACUACCUCAACGCAAAAUUUAACAAUAUCCGUCCAACAAUUGCUGCGCCGGUGAGUCAAGGAGUUCUGCAUUAUGGUCAACAUCAAAAGGUACGUUUCAGCUGUACAGGAGCAGUGGUUCAGAAUAAAGUUGAGGUCAUACUGGUAGCACCGUCGUUUGCAACACAUUCUUUCUCUCAGAACCAGAGACUACUAGUGCUUGGAAACAACAAGACAACUAAAUUGGCAAAUAACUCUUACGACGUGGAGGUGACCAUGCCGCCGUCGCGUGUUUUAGCUCCGUCCGGUUAUUAUCUCAUGUACGUCACACAUCAAGGUAUACCAAGUCAGGCUAUUUGGAUCCACUUAAAAUAAAAUGGUUUGUGUUCUUUAAUUUCUCAGAAUUUGUUUUCUUCAAUCGUAAUAUUGUUAAAGACACGUUAGGCAUAUGCUGUUUUAUCCAUCAUAUUCUCAAGUUAUUUUCAAGUUGUGCAUAUAUGUAUUGUAAAAGCUCAUAAAUUGUCAUAAUAAUC